CUGUUUAACGCCAGCCAGCCUGCCUGGAGAGACCGAGCAAGCAAGAGGUAUCACAAAAACUUGGACUUAUCCGCCACAUUUUCGGUGUUUAACUCGACUCUCUGGAGGAUAUUUUCUCUGACGUUCCAAAAGGCCGUAUUGUGAAGGGACUCGAGUCUGAAGGAGGAUACGUCUCCACCAUGCUGUACACUCUGGCAGGAGGAGGCACGCUCUGUGGCGUGGCUGCACUCGUGCUCCUCAUCGUCUCCACGGCGACCGACUUCUGGAUGCAGUAUCGCUACUCGGGCAGCUCAGCCAAUCAGGGGCUUUGGAGGUUUUGCAUCAACCACAAGUGCCACGCUCACACCAUAACUGUCGCCUUCUGGGAUGCGACUCGGGCCUUCAUGUUGUUGGCCGUGCUCAGCUGUUUUGCUGGCGUGGUGCUCGGCCUGAGCGCUUUCACCAACGGGACCAAGAACAAGAGGGUCCGCAUGGGGGGCAUUGCCCUGGUCCUCUCAGGUUUUCUUGCGCUGUUGGCUCUCUCGAUCUACACUGGCGUGACAGUGACGUUCUUCGGCAAACGCUUCGUGGACUGGCGAUUCUCCUGGUCCUACAUCAUCGGCUGGGUGGCCAUCAUCCUGGCUUUUGCUGCAGGUGUGUUUCAACUGUGUGCUUACCAGCGAACCACUGCAGAACCUUCUCCUUCAAACGUCCCUGACAGCUGAACACCAGCACACUGCUGCCAAGCCAAUGCUGUUUGUCAGUAACUAGAAUAAAGACAAAUCAUACACACAUCCUGCGUGACUUCUCUGAUAUUAAA